AUGCAAAGUGCUAAUGGCAAGGGCGACUCAUCGGAUUGUUCUUCUUGUGAAGAUGGCUCCGAUUCUGAAUGUGACUCUGAUCGUAACUAUGAUGAAAAAGUAUCUAAAACUCAGAAUGUUAAAAAAGAAGGGGAGGCUAAGCCCAAGUUGCUUCUUGGUGCUCCUCCAGUUUUCAGGCCUAACAAUAUGCGCGCUCUUGGUAAUGUGUUUUCUCUGGGAAUGUCUGCUAGGCCUUACGGAGCCUCAAGGCCGCCGUAUCCACAGUAUUGGGAGCGGCCCGAUAUGGAAGCCAAUACCAUGGACCAACUGUGUAGGGAAAUCCAGCAAUGUUACCAUAUCCUCAUCGUAUUCAGCCAAUGUAUCCACCACCACUUCAGCCAUUUGGUUUUUUCAAUCAAGGCCUCCACCACAGUAUAG